UAUUUCUUUUGUGUAGUAUAAGUUUGGUUGCUAACAAAUUUGGAAGAAAAAGGGGAAAAAGACUAUCAUUUAGAAUUAGAAGUCACACCCAUUAAGUGUUUGUUUGAAUGGGUCUGAGAGGUUCUUCCAUUUUUUACCUGAAUCGACAGUUGGGUUUUCUUGAGCUAUCCAUUUCAUGGGUUUGUGCUGCUGGGUUUUCUGGUUCGGGUUCAAGAUGUUCCAAGCUUUGCGAGCUAUGGUGCAGGCCAAUCCACAAAUUUUGCAGCCCAUGCUUCAGGAGCUAGGGAAGCAAAACCCUCACCUGAUGAGGCUUAUUCAGGAGCACCAGGCUGAUUUUGUUCGCCUGAUCAAUGAACCUGUUGAAGGUGGAGAGGGUAACGUACUGGGACAGCUUGCUGCAGCAAUGCCAGUCUGUAACAGUUACACCUGAGGAGCGUGAAGCCAUAGAACGU